CCUCCCGCGCCGCCGCCGGCCUAGCGGGGAAGAGGACGAGGACGACGACGAGGAUUCGCCGCCGCCGUCCCGGGGAUGAUGGCGGCUUCGCUGUGGAAGGGGCUGGUGGGGAUCGGGCUCUUCGCGCUGGCCCACGCGGCCUUCUCCGCCGCUCAACAUCGUUCUUAUAUGCGAUUAACAGAAAAAGAAGAUGAAACACUGCCAGUAGACAUAGUUCUUCAAACCCUGUUGGCCUUUGCAGUUACCUGUUACGGUAUAGUACAUAUCGCUGGCGAGUUUAAAGACAUGGAUGCCACUUCAGAACUAAAAAAUAAGACAUUUGAUACAUUAAGGAACCAUCCAUCUUUUUAUGUAUUUAAUCACCGAGGUAGAGUAUUGUUCCAGUCUUCAGAUACAGUGAGUUCUUCAAACCAAGAUGCUUUGUCAUCCAACGCAUCACUGAAGUUACGAAAACUUGAACCUCUGCGCCGUUAAGGUUUUUACUGAUUAUAACAGUAGAACAGGACACGAAGCUGGAAAUUUGGAAGUUUGGGGUAUAAAACACUUUUUUUAAUUUCUGGAGCAGUAUUUAUAUUGAUCUUCCAGACUUUAUAAAAUAGGUAUAACUAAGGACCUUCUUUGUACACUGUUAAUAAAUGAAUUAUGAAUUAGGAAUGCAGUGUAAAUUAUUGCUACAGUUAUGCUGUGAAACAUUAAUCUGUCAAACAUCAAACAUUGUUUCUGUUAAUUUUCAGUUAAAAAACAAUUGUUACCUUUUGAAAGGACACUUUUAGUGGAAAAAAGUUUCUUUGAGGACAGAGGAAUGGCUUUUGAAAUAUUUAUUUCUUUGGUUUGCUUGCACUACAAUAUCUGGAAUUUUUGUGGGAAUACUGUGUGGACUGCAAUUUGCAGCCAAAAGUGAGAAAAAACUGUGGGACUUCAUGUUCAUAACCUCAAAUAUCCCCACCGGAGUACUUCUUUUGGAGACAAAAGCAACUCCACUUAUUCUGAGGGGUUGUGUCACCCUCCCCUGAUGGUAACAAAAUUUAAGCUCCUUCCAUGUUUUUGACGUAUUAACGUCUUUACACUCCUCCAUUAACAGAAGAUAACCGUUAUGUUUCCCCAACAUUUGUUUGGGUACAAACAUUUGUUUGUCUUGCAGUUGAUUUAUGUUGCUGAGCACUUCAUAGCAGAGAUUAAUUUCUUUUAGGAUAAAUAAUUUAACAGGCUCAAUUCUUUAAAAAGUAUUUAUAUUACUAUUUCAUUUGUCUACAAAACUUGUACUAAUUGGUGAAAUUGUUUUUCAGUAGUAAUAGAACAUUGAUCAAAGGUUGCUGAUUCAGUUCAAUUGCCUUUGCUACAGGACUGUUAACUUUUGGGGGAGGAAAAUUGGUUAGGAAUUGCUAAUUUUAAGCUUAUUCAAAAGAUUUGUCUGAAAAGACCUUAUUAACACCGUAAGGUUAGUAAGAAGAGAAGCAGAGAGAAGAUCCUUUUAUGGGAUCCUUUGUUUGAAAAUCGAGUAGAAGGGAGCAACUGGGCCUAAAUAGCACAGAAAAUUUAAAUCAAACUCCCCUUCUCUAACCACUGUACUUUAAAAAAUAUACAUUAAGAUAAUGAAACUCUGUCCUCCAGUCCAUAACAGAUCUAUACCAAAUUUCUGUAUUUCUUGAACACUUUGAAAUGGAACAUGAAUUGAGAUGACCUUUGACUGUAUUGGUUUCUACCGUUAUAAAUUUAACAUUAUUUUUUAGAAUGCCUGCCCGUAGCUUUGAAUUUUAGAAAGCUUUCCACUAGCCACUUUUAUCCAUAACAAAAUGUAAUUGUUGUCCAAAUGAAAUUCAUAUUAGAUGAAGAUGAAUUAUCCUUUGAAUGGAGACUUGCUCUUAUUCUUACUCUGUCACUUCAAAAAAAAAAAAAAAAAUCCCAAAAGCCAACAUCCCUAAAGCAAACAAAUCCUGCACAUCAUGUAUGUAUCCUGCCUAGGAAUCCAAAGUCCCCAGAGUGUGAUGAUUUAAUUAAUUAUAAAUUUUAUGCUAGAGUAUAGUCUGUCUUUAUGAAAUGGUCUCAUUUGUGAUGGAAUCAAAGAUGGGUACCUGUUAUGAGCCAGGAUAACAAUUCAGAAAUUAGUUUAAAUCUUAACUGUGGUUUGAAAUUAUUGAUGGUCAGUUACAUUGGAGCGUUUCCCUGCUGCUAUUGUCUGCGAACGUCUUUUUCCCAGCGGGAAGUGUAUUGCUGCCAUCCUGCCUCUUUUCCCUUCCUUCUCCUCUCCUUAUAUUCACAGAUUCCAGUUUUAGUUUCCAGAUUAUUUCAAAUCUGGUGAGAAACAAUUCUCAUUUUGGAGACUGUCAUUGUUGAGAAAUACUUGGUUGACCAAGUCAGUGGCGUCCUACCAGCCUGGUCUAAACAAAUGUCAAGUGCUGAACAGUUUUGUGGGUUUUUUUUUCUCUCUCUCUCCUUACCAAGCACUUAAGUGAUGCACUGCCCUGUUAUGGCUUGGCCAUCCUCUGUGACAUAUCAUUCAUUGUUGCAAACAUGCCUGCUCAGGCAGCGAGAGCCUACACCUCCUUAAGUGACAAGAGGGCUUCAGGAGCAAAGGACCGGACUUGCAGUUAUCUAUUGUGUAUCUGAGUCUUGGCUAGCAAGUUGCUCAGAGCCAGUUAAACUUCUGAAUUGCUAUUUUCUUCUUGCUUGAAUUCUCUCAGUCUUCCCUGAGUCUGAAGCUGAUUUGGGUGAAUCAUGACCCUUGUGCCAAAUGGAACAGCUAAUAUAUCUGGUGACAUGACUGCUGACCCCUUUCUACCUGUGUUGGUGCAUAGUGAUCAUCUAUCUAGCAUGGGAGACAGUGACACUUAAUUAGAGGAAUGUUGCAGAAUGCUUAAGCUAGAAAUGCUUGCAGUUGAUUGCAGAACCAUCUUUAUUACAGGGCCAUUUGGCAGUGGAUAUCCGCUUUCUGUGGUCCUUUCGAUCAGUGCUACUCUCUUUUUAUAGGUAGAUGCCCGGGGAGCCAGCUUACUGUUUCAGUAAUUCUGUACCAGAGGUCCACUCCAUGCAAAAAUAAAAAUGCAGCUAAUGUUAAUCUUGGGAUGAAUAUGCUUUGUGACUUGCUGGAGGGGCUCAGUUUUGGUUUCUCAAACUCUUUGAUUUAUGGUUUGAGAGAUUUCAGACAGAACCUCUUCAGCUGUAUCUUAUCUAAUUCAUUAUGUAUUGAGUAGCCUUACACGUGAGCAUUGACAGCUGUCAUCAAGCUGUACAAAUGUUUGGGUUGGUUUAUUGGGUUUUUUUUCUUUUGUUAAAUGAUCUUGCCAUGUCCAAUAAAGAACAGAUAUCCUUUCUCUGCUCCCUGAA